UAUAUUACCCAUGUAUUAAUGAGAUUGCAUGUACAAAAACCUAAAUGAAAUCAGAAUUUUUUGAAGCAAGAAAGACUGAAAGUCAUGGUACGGUAUUGUUGAUUUCAUCAUUUUCGUUUCAGCAUAUAUCUGGAUGAUUUUUGGAUUAUGGUUUUCGUAAAAUAAAGAAUACAAGACAAAUAAAUGAUGGAUUUCGGACGAUUAAGAAUAUGACUUUUUGUCUACAAUAUAAAGACUUAAAUAGAAUGAUUAUCUUCAGAGAAUAAAGAGAAGCGAGAGGUUCUCCUUGAAAAUAUGAGAAUAAAUAAAUUAAUAACUUUUUUUUCACAAAAUUUCGCAGCACAACAAAAAAAGUUCCGAACUUGUCCGACCACUUUCAGAGGGUCUACUUCGAAAAAAAGGAAGGCUCAAGUCAAAAUACUGUGUUUUUCUGCCUGUUCUCCUAGUGUGUCUCUGAAAAGAUUUGCUUCUCGACCUAUGUUUGUCAUCUAGUUGGUUUUAUCAGAUGCAGAAUUAAAUUCUGUAUCGAAUAGUACGAGUUUCAAAGCGACUACUUUGGGAAAGUAGAGCGGUAUAGGUCAAAGAAACGUUUUCACAUAGAAACUGUUUAAACACAGCCAAAAACAAUACUUUUACUCAAGUCCUUCUAUUUUGCAAAAGUAGUCCGUUUGAAAGUGAUCAGACAAGUUCAGAACUUUUUUUGUUAUGUGCGUUUUACAUUAUUUUUCCAUAAACUGGUAGGCCAAAAUCAAAAUCGAAAAUCGCUUCGAUUUUGAUGGUAUAAACCCCAUAGAAUUAUCCAUACAUUAGUCAAAUUGAUUUAUUUUUUCUUAUAUUUGUAUUGGAAGAUUUAGCAAAUAUAAUAUUUAAUACAUCCUAUCCAGUGAAAAAUAUUUAUCGAAAAAAACGGCAAAGAACGCGUUCCACUUUCAUAGAAAACUUUUUUUAAGAAAAAAACGCUCUCCAUAAAAAGUGGAAUGCGUUUCAAAAUGAAACGAUCAAGAGUGCGUUCUCACCCAUAAGAAACGUUUUCUUUUCUUAAAAAAGGGCUUUCACGUUCGCGGAACGCGUUUUUGACCAUUACAGUUUAAAAUGAUGAAAAAACGCGCUCCAAGAUCAGCUUUUCCUAUGAGAUUCCCUGAGGAGUUUCAAAUGAUUGACAAAACCUCCAAGGAACACUUGAAAAGCUAGACAAAAAAACCGAGAAAUACUUGUAGAUUGCCUAGAAGCUACGAAGCUUCAAUCACUAGGCAAUCUACAAGGAUUUUUCGUUUUUUGCCUAGCUUUUCAAGUGUUCCUUGGAGGUUUUAUCAAUCGUUUGGAACUCCUCGGGGAUUCUUAUAGGAAAAGCGGAUCUAGGUUGCAUUUUUCAACAAAAGAAUGUGAGAAGGGAUUUAUUAUAUUUCUAUACCCAUACAGAAACCCUUAACAAAGAUAAGCCGGGACGCUGCUCAUUCUACCAAUAAAAUUCAUAUACCUUAUCUAAGAAGCAUAUCCUUAUCUAAAACAAAUUCAACAGAGAAAAUAUUUCUCUAUCUACUGAAUCUGAAAUUAUGGGUCAUUGUCUAUAAUUAAACUCCACAGAGGGUGGGGGUGGGUGGGGGUGUGGUGUUCACUUCUCUUUAUCCACACCCACCCCUCCUUGUUUUGUGUUUUCAUUAUUAAAUAUUUGUUUUAUUUGAAUUUUUUAGUUUUUACAAUUUGAAGAACGUGAACGAAAAUUAACAAAUGAAAUUCAACGAUUACGUACAUAUUUAUUAAAAAUGGAAGAAUUUCAUACAACAGAUUUAAUUGCUGCUGAAAAUCGAGAAAAAUCUUUAAGAAAUCAAAUAGCACAAUUAGAUAAUUCAAAUUGUGCACAAAAUUAA